AUGCCUUUACGUCGUUCAGCUAGAGUUUCAAGCAAAACAGAUAAUCCAACCCAAGAACCACCAACCAAAAAAGCAAAAACUGAGGAAACCCAAGAAGAAGUAGAUAUUGAAAAAGUUUCCUCGGAAUUAGAAAUUGGUGAUAGUUUACCAAAUAUCGAAUUGAAAAAUCAAAAUGAUGAAUCAAUUAAAAUCUCAGAUGUUGUCAAGGAUCAUAAAUACGUUGUGAUUUUCGCAUACCCAAAAGCUUCAACUUCCGGAUGUACAAAACAAGCAAUUGGAUUCAAUAAUAAUAUUGAUUUCUUUGAUGAUAAAAAUACUAUCGUAUUUGGUAUUUCUCCCGAUUCUCCAAAGGGUCAAAAAUCAUUUGCGGAUAAAUAUGGUUUUAAAUAUGAUUUAUUAAGUGAUCCUAAAAAGGAAUUGAUUUCAAUUUUAGGUGCGAAGAAGAAACCAAAUGGUAUUAUUAGAUCUCAUUUUAUUUUUGUAAGUGGAAAAUUAGUUGAUAAAAGCGUCAAUGUUAAACCGGAUGAUAGUUAUAACAAUGCCAAAAAGGAGAUUGAAAAAUUAGAAGCUGGUGAUAAUGAUAAGGAUGUGAAAGAAGAAAAAGAUAAUGGAGAACAGGAAGAUGUUGAAAAGAAAGAAAAAAAUGGUGACAAUGUUAAAGAAGCUAAAGAAAAUGAAGAUUCUGAAAACAAAAGUGAUAGGAAUCAUUCCGAAAAAGCAGCUAAUGAUGAUAAAGAAGCUAAAGGAACCACUGAUGCUAAAGGUGAAGGUGAAGCAAGUUCAAAAAUCAAGGAAGCUGAAGAUCGUGAAGCUGAUAAUAAUUUUGAACCUGCUAAUGGGGAUGAACCAGCUGAAUAA